AGUCGCAGCCCAUUUGGCUCAAUCAUGCCCAGCCCGCCACGCCCAACAUACUCAGAUGUCCUGGAGGCGCCUUCUGCUGUGUCUUGCCACGUUCCCGCAGAUAGCGGCCAACUUCAUUGAAGCCGUUGAAGUUACGACAAGGACUCAGACAACGACACAGGCUUGGUGCUCGAUCUUCGGCUGCAGGGACGUCAACUUCGACCUGGAGUGCCAGUGCGACGCGAAGUGUGAAGACCGCGGCGACUGUUGCUCGGACUACAAGGCGGUCUGCCUGCCCCAGACCCACAGCGCCUCCUGCGCGGACUACGGGUGCGGUGCCUACGCCGCCCACCAGGAGUGCCAGUGCAACGUGCGCUGCCCAUUACAUGACAACUGCUGCUCGGACUACCAGGCGGCGUGCAGCCACGGCACCCCCGAGGUGAACUCGUCGAAGG